AUGUCCACGCCAGCCAGGAGAAGAUUGAUGAGAGAUUUCAAAAGAUUGCAGGAAGAUCCACCGACCGGUGUAAGUGGAGCACCCACUGACAAUAAUAUUAUGAUUUGGAACGCUGUUAUAUUUGGGCCACACGAUACGCCAUUUGAAGAUGGUACGUUUAAAUUAACUAUUGAGUUUACUGAAGAAUAUCCAAAUAAAGCACCGACAGUAAGAUUUGUAUCAAAAAUGUUUCAUCCGAAUGUGUAUGCAGACGGUGGAAUAUGCUUAGAUAUACUACAAAAUAGAUGGAGCCCUACAUAUGACGUGUCUGCCAUACUAACUUCAAUUCAAUCAUUACUCAGUGAUCCAAAUCCAAAUUCGCCAGCCAAUUCGAUGGCCGCUCAGUUAUACAAGGAAAAUCGACGGGAAUACGAAAAAAGAGUGAAGGCUUGUGUAGAACAGAGUUUCAUUGAUUAA